GCGCUGCGGCAACCGUAAAAGUCUUUUGUUGCCCGAAAAUUAUAAAAAUAAAACAAAAUGUAGAAAACUCAUUAAUCAAAUAAUAACCUAAUCAUAAAUAAUGCUUACAGUCCAGCCAAACACGAAAAAUAAGAUUUGCUGCUAUGUGACCUUCGCGUGUGGCUGUAAGUCCAAAAAGAAUGCAACAACAACAACUACAACUACAACAGCAACAACAACAACAACAGCAGCAGCAGCAGCAAAACAAGAAAAAACACACACGACACACGAAUUUCAAUUUAAAUUUCAAGGUUAAUGUGCAGCAGUGUCGCAAUAACAACAACAACAACAAUAACAACAACAACAGCAGCAACAACAACAACUACGACUACAACAACAAGAAGCAACAUCAAAACAACGGUCCCAACAGUCGCAAAAUAUAAAUAAUCAAAAAGAAUUUAAAAAAAAGUGUUGUUAAAUGUUAAAAUGUGCUGUUCUAUCGAAAUUUGUGGCAAAUAAAUCGUUUAUCGUUUAUCGGCCACAGUCGUGACUUUCGUUUGCGUUGCGUUUGAGUUUCUGUUAAUUCCCCAGUUUACUUUAACUCGAUAUUCCGGUUACCGCCCCUCCAUUCACUGCAAGCUCCGCGCCUCUGCCAUGAGUCGCUGCGCCGCCGAUCUGCGACAUCAACGAAAAGUGCUUGUUAAUUGACGGUCUGGCAACGCCAUUGCCAUUGAUAGUAUCAGCCAUUUGGACUGGUCGCGAAGCACGUGAUUCAUGCCGCUAGCCGCAGAGCGCAGAGACGAGCCGAGCAGUUGCCAGGAUACGGAAACGGUAACGCUUGGAGCCGCCUUCAAGGCGCAGCAGAAGGAGACGCGGCAGCUGAGGCAGCAGCAGCAGCAGGCGGAAAUCGAAACGACACACACAUAUUAAUGAUGAUGAUGGGGCCAUGAGCCCAUCAUUUAUCGCAUUGAAUUGGAGUCGCAAGCGCGUCUCAAGCGGGCCUGCACCAUGCUAGCACCGCCGAACCCGAGGUCAAUAUGCGGCCAGGACCCGGGCUGGUCGUGAUGGCGCUUGCGUUUAUUUCGGGGGCUCGGCGUGCCAGCACCACAAACACCAUCAGCAGCAGCAGCGGCGGCGGCAGCAGCUCGAUAACCACAACAACAACAACACCAGCAAUAACAACAACAGCAACACAAGCAGCGGCAGCAGCACAUUUACCGUCCAGCUACGACUCGGCCCGGCAGAGCGGCAGAGAGUCGUCGAACUUUGGAGCUGGUGGCGGCGGCGGCUUCUCAUUUCUGCUGCCAAUAUUGCAUGACGGUAGCCCUGGUGACGACCCCGCCCAAAAUUUUCCGCUCAACUUUGAUUUCUAUCGGCGGCCGGCGGUGCACGCACCAGACGAACCGCUGCGACGCGUUCGCAGUCUCGAGGCGGGCCGCACGGGCGGCACCGAAUCGGCGGCGGGGGCGCCCGAGUCCAGCGAGGCGACGCUCAUCGGCGAGAACGGGGAGACGGAAGCCGAGCCGGAGGAGCAGCAGCAGGACGAAGAGGAUAACAGCGGGCUGCCCGUGCAGUACGCCUCAUCGCGCGCCUUUGACGACGACGCGGACACGGACGCGGACGCGGACGUUGUCGCGGACGAGGACAUCUUUGCGCUGGUCGCCGAGGACGAUCUGCUGUCCGAGGAGUCGUUCGAUCGGCUGAUCAAGCUGAGCGAGGACGCCGACAGCGCAGCCGCCGAGGAGGAGGAUUACAACCUAGCGCAGAGCCAGCAACAGCAGCGGGAGCGGGAACGGGAACAGGAGCCCGAGCCAGAGCAACAGGACGAGAGUCGACUGGUCGAUGAAAGCGUGCUGCAUGCGCAACACAACGAGAACCGGAACGAGAACGAGAACGAGAUCGGGAACGAGAACGGGAACGAGAACGAGAAGGACAACAGCAGCAACAACAAGCGCGAGACGGGCGAGGAGCAGCUGGAACAGAAGCCGCAGCCGCAGGAGGAGAUCAGAGUUAACGACGCUUAUGCGUCGCAUCUAAUCGCAAUUGCCCAGAGGGACGGCGGCACCUCGUCGAACGCUGUUGCUGCAGCAACAACAACAAUAACAACAACGAGCGGAGCAACUGCGGCUGCAGCCGGUGUCAAAUUGCCGACGCCCGUGGAUCCCAAGAAGUCCAUACUCGGCAGUGCGGCAGCUCUAACACGCCUUAAUCCUUGGAUAUCAGCUUGUGAUCUGGCACAGCCGGGCACAACAGGCACCGAUUUGCAGGGUCAGUGCUCGCCUGGCACACUGCCCAUGGCCUGGGUCGAUGAGGGACCUGGUCCGCCAAUCUGUCCGCGUUCCUGUGCCGAACAGCAGCCACCGGCGAGCAGUCCUGGGGCGCGCACCGACGAUAAUAAACUCAAGUAUUUCAUAAAUGCAAAUACGAUUAACUAUAAGUCGCCGCAGAUGCGUUUAAGUCAAAGCAACAGCAACAACAAUAACUAUAAGGCCAUGUCUAGAGUGCGACGCGAUAGGCAAUGGGACGAGCUGGCAACGGAGGCGGCAACAACAACAGCAACAACAACAGCCGAGCAGGAGGAGUUUGAGGAGCAGGAGGAACUGGAGCAGUCAGAGACAACCACACUCUCGGCCACAGCCAGCAGCAAUGACUUGGAUGAGCUGGAGGAUCGGUCCACGUUUCCCUACAGCCACCUGCAAACACACGAGCAACUUAGCGCCAACGAACAGCAACAACAGCAACAACAACAGCAACAACAACAGCAACAGCAGCAACAACAACAGUGCCUUGAUUACCUGGGCGAUGCGGCCGAGACGAGUCCACAGCAUUUGUGCGGCCUGCGGUCGCCGGGUCAGCUGCUCGCGCGCCUGCGCCACCUUCGACUGCGCCAUUGCUGCGAGCGCAGCGUGUUCAGUGCGCUGCACACGUUGGCGCUAAAUGUGACGUUGACGGAUCGGGACGAGUGCGUCCGGCUGCUCAGCGAUCUGCUCGAUGUGGAUGCGCUGGCCAAUCGGCUUACCUGCGAACUGGCCGAGAUACUCUUUCGCUUCGACUGCCGGCAGGUGUAUUCGCUGGUCAAUCAGUGCGAUGACUGCAAGGAAGCUUAUCGCCGCUGGGUCUGCAGCACGCUGGUGCCGUACUUCGCCGAGCCACAGGACGUGGAUGCAACGCCAAAGCCAGCGCCGGCCGAUAACCUUGCCACGCGAGUGGCAGCUGCAAAGGCAAAGGCAGCGGGCAAAAGUAAACGUGCGGCGCGAAAUGCAGGAGGAGGAGCUGCCACUGCUGCUGCUUCGGAUGCUGCUGCUGGCACGGGCGGCAUCAAACAUAAAUCUCAGAAAUUAAUCAGCAAUAACAAUAAAUCAAAGAACGGCAAUAACAUGAACGAGCGUCAGAUUAAUCAACAGCAUGACGAGGACAAUGAGCCCAGCGAUGAGCCGCAAAACAAAAUCUCAAAUGCGAAUGCGGCUCGUUCGUUCUACGAUGUCGUUGGCAUUGGCCAGCACCAGGCCCAUGCCCAGACCCGUGCCCAGACCCAGUUCCAGUACCAGUUCCAGUUCCAGUUCCACAACAACAACAGCAAAAACAGCAACAGCCGAGCCGCCCUUGCUCAGCGCCAAAAAGAGGAAGAAGAACAAUUCAAUAAUUUCAUAUCGACUGCCAAUAAUGCGGAUCCCAGCGCAGCGGAUCCAGUGAUAUCAAAACUACAAAAGAGAUCAACACGCAAGGCAGAGUUCCGUAAGCGCCGCCGCAUUCGACCCUGCCUGAGCGUGUGCCAAACCGUGGAACAAAAGUGCCCCUAUCUGCUGCCCGCCGACCGCGCCCCCGCGCUGCCCACCCAAUAUGCCGGCGAGCCGACAUUUGUAUGCCUAGAUCAAAACAUACCCGAGACUGGCGAGCAGCUGAAGAAAUCCAGCUACGGGCCGAACGACUGCUGCUACAGCUACUGCAGCGGACCCACUGAGGGCAUCUGCACCGUCUGCCAGGAUUUUGCGCCCACCCCCGACCCCAGCAACAGCACGAACAACAACAGCUCGAGCGGGCGCCGCGUGCACAACAUAACCCUGACGCUGAACUCGCCGCCGGGGGAGCAUGCGCGUGCGGCCAGCGUCUCGCUGGCGCUGCGGAACGUCUCGUAUGCGGUGGAGCCGGGCGCAGAGCUGCUGGAGCGCUUGCCCUACUAUGCCCACUACGACAGCCUGUACUACUAUGACGAUGACGGGGGCAGCGAUAUGCCGGAGCGGCCGCUGUCCGGCGGCUGCGCGGCGGUGCCGUCGGUGACCACGCGCUGUACGAUACCCUAUUAUGCAUCCGGUGUGGCGCCGUCGCCGCCGACGCAGCUGCUCGUCUGGCUGAGCGCCCUGCUCGGUCUGCUGAGCAGCUGUGGUGCGGCCCGACAGCGAUGCGGGCGGGCCCGCGGCACGGCGCGCGUCGACCAGUGUCCGGCCAGCUGUCACGAGCUGUUGGCCACCGCGACUCCCCGCCCGGAGGCGCAACACGGCGCCAGCAGCACCAGCAGCAGCAGCAUUAGCAGGCGCUGGCGCGACGGCAGCGGAAACGGAAGUGCGCGCUUCGCUGCCAGCGACAGGCAACAAUGGUUCUGGUCCUGGCCGUGGGCGUGGGCAUGGGCAUGGUCAUGGCUAUGGGCGUGGCCAUUGAAUGGGUGUAGAAAAGUGCGUUACUUUCGCUGCAACAGCAGAAGCAAAUUAAAAUGCAAGCGCGAGUUGAGUCGAGUCAGGUCGCGGGAUCGUAGUCGUAUAAUCAACUACAGAGACUUGCGGCAGCUGCAAAUACGAAUCAAGUGCAGCGAUAGGAAUAGGUAUGAUAGGAAUUACCGUUAUGUCUACUACUACAACUACAACAUAAACGAUUGGUGGCGAAGAUGGAAGUGGUUCGGCGGAAAUGCGGCAACCAUCAACUCAAAUGGCGCCUUAUAGUGCAUGCAAUAAGUAUGCGGCCACACACACACACCCCAACACACACCCCCAUACACAUACACAGAGAAACACACACAAAUUGCGGAUUUUCACAGAGAUUUGCAGUACACAAAAAAAAAAAGAAAAUGUCAUUAAUUGUAUUUCGUACUCUAGAAAAUUACUCGUAAUGCUAGCUAAUUAAAAACGAAAACAAAAACAAAUAAAGUUGAGUGUAAAAAACAAAAAUAAAUUAACAAAAAAAAACAAAUAACAAAGAAAUUGCAGAUCGUUUUCCCUGCCAAUUUGUUUGGAGCCAAAGCCGUUAAAAGGAAACGUAACGAAAAUUUAAAUGAGACAUGGAAAAUGUAUUGAAAUGGAAAAGCAAAAAGGAAAAGCAAACAAAACACUUUAAAUAUUUAUGGUCCUCUUUCAAGUGAAAUAUAUAAAGAAAAAAAAUAUGAUUAAAUAACAAAUGAAACCAAAUAUGAAAGUAAAUAAAUUAUAAAUCUCUAUUGAAAAAACUAAACAAAAAAAAAAACAACAAAUAGCAUAUUUUAUUACAACUAGAAACAAAGAAUAUUAAUAUUUAAUUAAACAAAAAACAACUGCCACAAAAAUAGGUUUUUUAGGUAAACAUUAAACGAAAAUAAACAACAACAACAACAAAGAAAAGAAAAAAAAAACACAAAAAAUCACAAACAAAAAACAUUUAACAAAAGUAUAUGAGAAAAAACCAAAAACCAAAAAAGAAAAAAGAAGCGAUACAUAAAUAUACAUAGUUAUAAACGUAAAUAAAGGCGGAUAAACAAAAAUAUAAUAAAAAAAAAAGAAACGAGAACAUUUUAGGUUAGCUAAGUAUAACGAAAAAACAACAACAACAACAACAACAACAACAACAAAAAACACACGAACACGAAAUUAAAUUUACAACUAGACUAAAAAAAUUUCCAUAUAAAAGAAAAAACGACUCGCUGCAAGACAAAUGAAAUAAAUAAUUAGCAGAAAAUUCCCUAAUAAAAACUUGAAAACAAAUCCGAUGAACAAACAUAAACACAAAAACACACACACAUAAAAAUAGACACACACACAGAAAGACACAAACACACACACACACACACCUUUCACUAAAUUGACAUAUAGACCGCUUAUCAAAUCAAUUUCAAAACAAACAAAAAAGAAAGUAAAAACAAUUAUGAAACAUGAAAAACUUUACUUAUUGCAUAAAUUAGUUUAAAAAAAAUGAAAACAAAAAAAAAAAACUAAACAAAUCAAAUAUGAUAACAUAGUCAAGAGAAACAAUGAUAUAGCGAUUUGAAGGAUGUUAGAGAGAAACUUGCGGAGGCAGCAGAAGAACAAAAAAACAACCAAAAAUGUGUCUAAGAUUGUCUUUAUUUAGUUUUUAAACAUGAACUUUGUAUAACCAACAAAUGAAAAACCAAAAGAAAACCAAAAAAAAAAAAACAAAAACAAUAUAAA